UCUGAAUUUACAGUUCCGCUGAAGAUAAGAUAUUUUUGGGAACUCCAAAACCCUUCAAAUCUCCAUGGCAGCUGGAGCUUAAACCCUUUCCUUUUCCUCGUCGUUUGAAGCGAGCCUUGAUUUUGAUUUUGGGGUUCGAUGCCCGCGGGAAUAGAUUGGAAUUGAAAUCCAUUUUGAUUUCCGCAGAUGAAUUUGUCGGCGAGUUUUGGGAGGAAUUUUGUUAUUCCGGCACCGCGGUGUCAUUCCUGCAGCCACAUUCGCUUAACUUCCCGGACGGUUGGGGGAUGGAAGUCUGGCUCUGUUCCAUUUUGGAGGGAGGAUUUGAAGGUUGUUUGCAAAUUGAGUGAGAUGGAAACUGAGCCUGAGGAUAAUAAUGAGGAAGGAAAAUUAAAUGGAGACAAGGAAGGAUUUGUGUCUAGUGAUUCGAUUUCAGGAAGCACAUUGGGCGAAGAUUCUCAAAAUGUGGGUACGGAACAAUCCGACGAAUCAGAAAUGGUCGAGACUAAAAGCCUGAUAAACGGUGAUAGUGAUGGAGUGAGUGAUGCUCAAGCUAAAAUCGCGGAUGUUAUUGAUGUGGAAGUUGCUAGCGGUUCGCCUCUCCCAGGUGUGAAGCAACAAUUUGAUGAAUCACUAAGGAUUCCGAAGGAGACAAUUGAUAUUCUGAAGGAUCAAGUAUUUGGUUUUGACACAUUCUUUGUGACCAGCCAAGAACCUUAUGAAGGUGGGGUACUAUUCAAGGGCAACCUACGAGGUCAAGCCGCAAAAAGUUAUGAGAAAAUAGAGCGGAGAAUGGAGGCCAAGUUUGGAGAUCUAUAUAAAAUCUUCCUUCUAAUUAAUCCAGAAGACGAUAAACCUGUAGCCGUUGUGGUGCCAAGGAAGACACUGCAGCCUGAAACAACCGCUGUUCCGGAAUGGUUUGCUGCAGGGGCCUUCGGUUUGGUCACUAUAUUUACCCUUCUUCUUCGAAAUGUGCCUGUAUUGCAAGCGAAUAUAUUAUCAGUUUUCGACAAUCUCGACUUGUUAAAAGAUGGCCUUCCUGGAGCUCUCGUAACUGCACUUAUUUUGGGUGCACACGAACUCAGCCACAUUCUUGUUGCAAAAGAAGAUGGGAUAAAGCUGGGAGUGCCUUAUUUUGUUCCUAGUUGGCAGAUAGGCUCAUUUGGAGCUAUAACGAGGAUCAUAAACAUCGUACCAAGGCGCGAGAACCUCUUAAAAGUUGCAGCUGCUGGCCCCUUGGCAGGCUUCGCUUCAGGCAUCGUACUUUUGCUUCUCGGCUUUAUCCUGCCCCCAUCCGAUCAGCUCGGCAUUAUUGUGGAUCCUUCAGUAUUUCAUGAAUCACUCCUUGUUGGUGGAAUAGCUAAGCUACUUCUUGGAGAUGCUCUCAAGGAAGGCACAAGUUUGGCAAUAAAUCCGCUCAUACUAUGGGCAUGGGCCGGACUUCUAAUCAACGCCAUCAACAGCAUUCCUGCAGGCGAGACCGAUGGGGGCCGGAUUUCCUUCGCCUUGUGGGGGAGAAAGGUUUCCUCCCGGCUAACCGGCGCCUCCAUUGCGCUGCUCGGCGUGGCUUCCUUGUUUAAUGACGUUGCGUUCUACUGGGUUGUUCUUAUAUUCUUCUUGCAACGGGGACCUGUAGCGCCGCUGUCGGAGGAAGUGACGGAUCCUGGUGAUAAGUACAAAGCCAUUGGAGUGGUGGUCUUGCUUCUGGGACUCCUGGUAUGCCUUCCCUAUCCUUUCCUUUUUGCUACAGAUGUCCCAAGUUUUUAGCUAUAGUAAUAUUUUAUGGAAUACAUAUGUAUAGCCUUGUUUGAUGCUCUGCCUAAGUUGUCUGAGUGAUCCAUUCAAGUUUGGUUCUUUUUUUUUUUUUUGUCUUUCCUGUGAGGAAUAGUAUUGAAUAAACAAGUUGCUCAGCUCAUCUUCUUGCUCUGCUGACGAUUUGAUCGAUCACAGAAACAUCCCUCCAAACAUCGUAAUUUUUUCGUCCGUCAAAUUUACUUUAACUUUCUUUUUUUA